CAAAUGCUGAGUGGAGCUGCAUUAUAAUUCUAAAAUAGAUUAGUAGUGUGUGGGAAAUUUUACUUUGAAUACAUAUAUACGAAGAAGCCACUCAAAGUUUUGCUUGUUAGUAGAUUGGUUGAACAUGACGAGACACAAACAAGCAAUUAUUACUGGAGAAACCGUUAGAGCUUAGGAUUUAUUAAAGUGUUAGUUUAAUAUUAGAGACGAAGCGUGUUAUCAUCUGAUUACAACAAUCAAAUCAGUACAACAAUAUACUUAAACUACAAUAAUGUAGGCCCGCGAUUUUUGUUGGAGGAAAGUUAACUUUGUAGGCGGUGCGAGUUUGAUGGAUAAAUGGCUUCUACAUACGCUAUAGUCCCAAGAAAUCCUAGUCAUUUAGAAAAUACUCUGUCAAACAGACAACUUUACAAAUUUGAUAGUCAAGCUUAUUCUUGAGAGAAAAAACAAAAUGAUUUGACAGGAACUGUGAAUGUAGUGAAGAGGGGAACCCUAUACCCUGUAAGUAUAUGUAUAUGUAUUCACCGGGAGCUGAUAAGGACCCUUCUGCUUGCAGCAGGGCGAAAUCAAGGAGUUAUACAUCUAUCGUUAUUUACCGAGCAUUGAGCCAACUUAGCCAAGAAACCAUUCAUUGACGAGUCCCACAGGUGUUCGCUUCUUUUAUACGGCUCGGUCUGUAUUGAUAGAAUGAAGCGCUAACCUCAAAUAGCGGCUAAUAAGCAGGAACAAUGAAGUUAUAUUGAAGUAUUAACACGUGGUCGCAGUUAUCCAGGUGGCACAUACUUAGAAAAUAAACAGCCUUUAACAUAGAGUGGUUCCCGUUAACUUUCCUACAGUUAUUUGUUUGUGUAUUGGACGCAUUAUGUUCUAUCAAAUAGCGAGGACAAGAAGAUUAACGAUAAACUAUUAUGUCUUCACAAACGGAGUAAUACGGUGACCACUUUAUUGUGGCGGAAACCUGCCAUUCUCUCUAAGUGGAUCUAUCAACACCCCCUUUUUAUUGCUGCUGUUUUGUUGUGUUUUAUUAUUUGUUGUUGGUUUUUUUUUCGACACCAUGUUAUGGUCAUACAGACCCAGACUGAACGGCGCUAACCAUUUUGUCACCAUGAAAUUGUAUAUUGUUUGCAUCGUACAGGCCAUGUUAUUUCUCGGAUGUAUGUCUUUGGAGUCGGAUGGGUCGGAACCAAACGAUGCUUUGAACAGAUUAUCGCGAUUGUUUGGAAUAUCAAAAAUACCAGCUAAAGUGUUUCAUCGGUCCCCACCACAGUAUAUGGUAGAGUUGUUUCAAGAUGUGACGGAUGCAGGAGGACUUGCAAAGAGACAAAAUCCUUAUAAUGCAAAUGUUGUAAGAAGUUUUCCAGAUAAAGAUUCAAUUCACCAGAUGCAUUUUCAUUACAAUGUGUCACAUCUCGAACCAAGUGAAAAAAUUUUACAAGCAGAAUUUCGUGUGUUUAAAAUGCGACCGAAACCUUCGAAUUUUGGAGAAGUUAUGCCACCACAUGUUGUAGAGAUGUGUAUUUAUCAAGUAUUAGAUAUUAAAAAUAUAAAUGAUAAAGCCGGGCUGCGUCUGUUAGAUAAAAGAUUAACAACAGCGCAUGGUCAUGGUUGGCAAGUCUUUCAAGUUACUAAAGCUGUUGAUAGUUGGAGAAACAAGACAGAACCAAAUUAUGGAUUUUUGGUGACUACAACUUCUCGGAAAGGUGAACAUGUUAAUGGUAGUUUUAUUCGAUUUGCCCAGAGGAAUGAACACCAUGACAGUAAACAACCUAUAUUAGUCAUAUUUACAGAUGAUGGGACGGUCAGACAUCCAACUUACAUAUCUCCAGAAGAUGAUGGUUAUUUGGAAACAAAGGAAGGGGCUCUUCGAGUAGAGAAAAGGCGACCCAAGCAUAGAAACAGCAAGUUCCUGGAAAUGUUGAGACUCAUGAAUGAGGGCGGUAGAGCCAGUGCACAUAACAUGACACGGGGAACCAGGCGGCGCAGACGUAGAAGUGUUCUAAAUUCAAAAAAGAAAAAUGGUGGACGAAAGAAGCGAACGUAUGAUGUUUAUAGUCGAUCUCGGAGUAAAAGAUCGUGUGCUAGACAGGAUAUGUAUGUAGAUUUUGAUGAGAUCGGUUGGUCAGGGUGGAUUAUUUCGCCGAAAGGGUACAAUGCCAACCACUGCUCAGGUGAAUGCCCAUUUCCUUUAGGACAAAGUCAGAAACCCACAAACCAUGCAACUGUUCAAAGUAUUGUACAUGCUUUACGUGUGGGGAAAGGUGUAGGAACACCGUGUUGCGUACCCAAUAAACUGUAUUCUAUAAGUCUGCUAUAUUUUGACGAUGAUGAGAAUGUUAUAUUGAAGCAGUAUGACGAUAUGGUAGCAGCUACGUGUGGUUGUCACUGAUGUAACUCGUCAAGCUACGACCGACAACAUACUGAUAUUGGUGCAAGCGUACAGUGCUAUCUUUAAUUAUAUUUGUGAAGCCGAAACUGAAUCUUGGGAAAGGAAAAGAAACUCUUUGAGGAUAUGGAAUGGCUGCCCUUGUUAUUAAAUAAUGAUAAUGUUAACAUGACGUUUCUUUGUUUGACGAAUAAUAAUUUCCGUGUGUUUAUCAAAUAAUAACUUGGCAUUGAGAAUGUUCUGACAGAUUAUACUUACUGACAGACAGCAAGGGCGAUAGAUACGGGUGUUCUUUUUGGACAAGGUGGUUUCAAAUGAGUUUUAUCCCGGAACCCUACUCCGAUUAGGCGAGGAUUGGAUCAGUUUAGUUGAGAUUUGAAUAACUACAUAUAUUUAAUAUUUAGAACGGAAAAGCAGGUUUCCAGUUCUUGUGAAUGGAGUGAUACCUGUUUUAUAAACCAAAGAUAAAAACAAUGUGAUGUUAGAUCCCUGAACUUAAGGAAACAUUUUAAUUGCAGAAGUCGGAUGUAUUUUCAUGGGUAAAGCCAGUAUGUGAAAAGCCUCGAGAUUAUAACAAAAUAAUUUGUAGAUAUAGGUAAAUAUCACACAGACCCUUUAUCCUUGAAACUAAUCUGCAUAAGUUUUAAUAAAGUUCAAAUUUUAGAAGCCACGAAGAUGUAAGGAUGUGUUGUCCUGAAUUGAAUAUCCCGACAGGGGGUAUAACCACCAUAGUUGUCGAUGACAACGUUAGGGUGCAGUAGGUGGUCUUAUUAUUAAAUACUGGUGAAGCAUUAUGAAAAUAACAUUUCAAAUACUGUCAAGAGGAGGGUUGAAGUAAUAUCGUGUAGCUAAACGACCUCGUUAAAUCCGAUUGAUAUAUAGGCGAUUAAAGAACUGUAGUAAUAAGACGAGGUUAGAGAAAAUGGUUUGUGUUCUACAUGAUUUAUAUGUGUGUUCAGUCGGUUGUGCUGGAAGUGUAUAAUAAAUGUGACGUUGAGGUAGUUUUAAUGUAACUGUUAUCAUUCUUUAGUCUAAAUGGAAACUACAUGUUUCCAAACAUAGCGCUUUAUAUCUACGUUCUACACACCAAUAUGUACUGAUAUCAAUUUUAUUUUCAAAAGAAAAGUAUUAGCUCCGCCCAGAACCACUUAUCAAAAUUGUUGACAUUUUAAAAAGGGUGAUUUCGGUUAAGAGUGUAGGACACAAUGUACGCAUACCUAUCUUAAUGUACUCAUAGCUACCGAACUAAUCUAAAUACUGAUUCCGGUUAAGAGGGCACGGCACAAUAUACGUACAUCACAUGUAGCCCAAUGGUAAUGUUCUCGUAGAUAUCGAACUAAUCUAAGUACUGAUUUCGGAAGGCUAUAUACCGAGGGAAUUACCCCUGAAUAAAGUCUACGUUAAGAUAAAGAAUGGCUUGAUUAAAUCUUAUUAUUACAUUAUAAGGCGGGUUUAAUAGAGUGGCUUCCAACAUUGAAGUCUUUGUGUAAAAUAAAUAGUCACCCAACACCAAGAUAAGCGUUAAACUGUGGCCCAGUGUAUUAUUUAGAUAUUGCAAAAUACAACAAUUAACCAAUAAGAAAAAUCUUCCAAAUCCUCACUGGAAGAGGCACAACCAUUUCAGAUUACGUAAGUUGAUAUUGAAAGGGGCCACCCCAAAUAGAUUGUUUGGAAUAAAUAUUGAUUGAUUAAGUACGUUAUUGACGACCAAGAAGUGUACACCUCAUAUCUACCAACCCACAAAAAUAUGUCAAUGCUAACAGACUCUAUCUACAAUGACGCUAUUCUUUUUUUUCGUCUUACAAUAAAAUUACCCGUUGUCUAGAUAAUGCUGAACUCGGGCUAAAACAGCGACGCUAUAGAAUGUCGUUAUGAUCCUGAGUGUGUUCCUGGCUUCAAUAACACAAUUGGUGCAGAAAAUCAAAACGUUAAACCCCGCGUCAUUUCAUUUCUAAAGCGUAUUAAAAUAGUGUUUUAGUUACUUUAGAUUAUGAAUUGUUUCAAUGGCAUUUAGUAAUUGAACUGGAAAUACGCAGGUCGCAAUUCUAUGAAAUACAAUUAAUCAUAAUAACGGCAAGAGAAUUCUGGUUGAUAAAUUAAUAGUAAUUGUAUUCCAUAGAAUUGUGACCUGUGUAUUGGAUUAUGAAGUUGUUGAUUUUGGCUUUAAGAAAAUAUAAUUUUGUAAAUAGUUUCAUUUUGUCUAUAUAUUGUAAACAUAUAUUUAAUUCAUUGUAAAUAA